GGCACAAGCGACCCGAACAUUCCGCAGAGACGUAGAAGAAGAAAUUCUCGGUUCCACAGCUAGGCAUCAUCAUGCCUACUGCUGUGAUUAUGGAGGAAAAUUUUGAUAAACUAUUAGAGCAGUGUGAAGCUCAAGAACUCGAGGCUCCAGGGGGCAUUGCAACACCUCAAGUCUACGCUCAGCUGCUGUCGCUGUAUUUACUCAAUAAUGACAUGAAUAAUGCCAGGUAUCUAUGGAAGAGGAUUCCACAAGCAAUAAAAUCGGCAAACCCUGAAUUAACAGCUAUUUGGGCUGUUGGCCAGCGUAUUUGGCAGAGAGACUUUCCAGGGAUCUACACAGCCAUCGCAGCUUACCAGUGGUCAGAGAAUAUCCUUCCAGUCAUGGAGGCCCUGAGAGAGAGCACACGGCAAAGGGCGUACAGUCUCGUGGCCCAGGCUUACACUUCCAUCACAGCAGAAGAUUUCGCUGCCUUUGUGGGCUACUCUGUGGAAGAGGCAGUGAAGGGUGUGGUGAGCCAAGGCUGGCAGGCAGACCCCGCUACCAGGAUGGUGAUGCCCAAAAAGCCAGAUCCUCCCCCUGUUUCUUUGGUUCCAAAUGAGCAGCAGUUGGCCAGACUCACUGACUACGUGGCUUUCCUCGAGAACUGAUAACCCACCACAACAACUGCCACCCUUUUUCACCCGCUUGGUACUGAGGGAGAAUCCAAGUUUGGAUGGACUCUUCAUCCCUUUCCCUGAUAAAGAAAA